UUCUUUGAGUUCAGUCAGUUGGCGUAGUCGGUUUUGAUAGCUUAAAAAAUAUUUAAUAGAACGGAACAAACAAGAAAAAAUUGUUAUAAUACGACGAAGAAAAAAAAAAACAAAAGAAAAAGAAGAAGACAAAUUAUUAAACAUUUUUGUUGUUCAUUCGUUCGUUUUGAUUGUUCUCGUAAACGAUGGCGAAAUUCGGUGCUGGUUUUGUGGGAAUUUUUACACUUUUUCUAGUUAUUUACAGCAUAAAUUUAUGUGCAACCAAUCCAAUUGAAGAAAAUGACAAAAAACCCAUUGUAGAUAUUAAAAAUCAAUACCAAAGUGUUCAAACCACAAACUCAAGUACUGCAGCUGCUACUGCUGCCGUUGCUCAGCAACAAAAUGCUAACGGCAGCACAUCGGUGUCUGCAACAGACAAGGCUGCUGAUGUCUCCACCUCAUCCGUUCAAGUGCCUCCCAGUAGUCGACCUUUGUUGGGUGUCAAUGGAACAGGUCAGCGCAAGGAUAUGACCGAUAAAAUCGGCACAACAACAGCGGCAACAGCGGUUCCCACAGAUAUUACAAAGAGUGCCGACGCCACAUCAUCGGACGAAGCCAAAAAGAAUGCAAAUCAAUUCCCCAAAAAGGUGCUGUCUGCUACCAAAGUAGCUGCAACAGGUGUCGCCGCCACUGUUGCCGGAACAAUUGCUGCAGCAACAGGGCCCGUGACUGGUUCAACAAAUAGUACCGAAGAAACGGACUUGGAAAAACUCAUAGACACCAUUGAUGUACCGGAAGAAGAUACCUUGGAAUCAUUGAAGAAGACAAAUCGCACUUUGGAUACAACAUCGGACCACCAUCAAUACUACAACAGCACCACCUAUACCGACAAAGAUAAAGCCGACAAAUACUGGAAUGACAUUAAAAAUAUUACACCCAACUGGAUGUUAUCACAAUCUCAUCGCCGAGCAAUGACUGUUUUAUUGAGUUUUGAUUUCCCAUUCUAUGGCCAUCCCGUGAGAAAUGUUACUGUGGCCACUGGUGGCUUCAUCUAUACCGGCGAUUAUGUACAUUCUUGGUUGGCUGCUACACAAUAUAUUGCACCGUUGAUGGCAAAUUUCGAUACAAGUCUUUCGAAUGAUUCAUUUGUGCGUCUUAACGAUACAGGUUCUUCAUUUACUGUCAUCUGGGAAAAUGUUUCUCUUCAGGACAAACAAGAUGUCGGUAAAUUCACGUUCAGUGCUACACUACACAAAAAUGGCGAUAUCGUUUUCACCUAUUACAAAGUGCCAAUUUUCAUUAAUGCCAUACAAGAUGACAAACAUCCCGUCAAGGUUGGACUCUCCGAUGCCUAUAUUAUGGAUCAAGAUGUUGGCAAUGCCCGCAGAAAGACAAUUUACGAAUAUCAUCGUGUUAGCUUUGGCAAUGCACAGAUUACAAAUGCCACAAUCAUUUAUUUCACCGCCUUGCCAACAUGUUUGCAAUAUACCGAUUGUGCGUCGUGCUUGAAUCAUAACACCGAUUUUACCUGCUUCUGGUGUCCAACGGCAAACAGAUGCUCAACCGGUACCGAUCGCAAGAGACAAGAAUGGAAAACACUUUCCUGUGAACGUUUCCAAAUUGUGACGGCAUCAACUUGCCCAGCUGCUGGUAGCAACAACACUCACACAGAUGGUAACACCAAUACAAAUCACAAAGAUGUUACAACCCAUCCAUUUAAACCAUAUAAUCCUUCUGGUUUAGAAUCCUCAACAACAACCGCACCCGUGGACAGUGGUAAUACUGAAUAUCAAUACAAUGGUACACAAAUGAAACCCCUGGCUGGAACACAAAUGAAAUCCAUGGCUGAGGAAGCGGAACCAUCACAAAAAAUGAGCCUAACGCUGGGUCUCUUCAUACCGAUUUGCCUGGUGUCUUGCGUUCUCUUGUGGGUGCUAUAUGCCUACCGGAAUCCACACACGAAAAGUGGACAAUUGCUUAUACAGUCCAAAUAUCGUCAGUAUCGUCCCAGUCAAUGGUCAUGGAGACGCGGCGAAGCUCGUUACACGGCUGCAACGAUACACAUGUAGACAAUUAAACAAUUUUAAUUUUAGACUUUCUCUCUCGUUCUCGUUCUUGUACUAUUUUUCUUGUUUAUUUUAAAACUGCUGACACCAAACUGUUUUGCAAUAUUUUGUUCUUUCUAUUGUUUUUUCCUUACAUAUCUCUGACCAAAAACAAAAUAACCAAUCAUUCUGCUGUAUGGUCUCAAAACAAAUCUCGUUUUAUGGACCCAUCUAUGUUAUUGUUAUUUUUCCUCUUACUCCCCCCCCACCCAGUCUUUGAAUUUUCUUUAGUGGAAUUUGUAACAAAAAAUCGAAAAUAAUAUAUAUUUUAAUGUAUUUUAACAAAGAAACGAACAACAAACGCAAGUAAUAAUUAUUUCAAAGAAGAAGAAAAGACAUUGUGAGACAGAUGUGUAAUAAGAUGAUGAUAAUGAUGAUGAUUAUAAUGAAGAAGGAGAAGAAGAAUAUGGAUUUCGUGUAAGAUGUUUAUUUUUAUAACUAUAAGAAUCAUUUGUAUUGUAAUAUUUUCUUAUCUUUAUAUAUAUGUAUACAUAUAAAAUUUAUUGCUCAUUGGCAAAUUUGCUUUCAACUUUAUAACUUUCUCAAUGAGUACUCCUUAUCCUUUGCUACUACUCUAUUCCAUUUCCUUUUUUUUUUGGUUAGGUUUCCUUCUCUGUCCCUGUUUGCAUAAACAAUUAAUUAUGUGGAAAAUAUUUUUUAGUUAAAAUAUUGUGAUUUUUUAUAAUUUUUAUUUGUAAUAUUAAAAAUCUCUUGAGUUUAUUAUGUAAUUACAACUACAAAAAAAAAACAUAA